AUGAUCUUGACAUUUCUUUAUAUGGUAGCAACAUCAAUCCAAUCAAGAAGAAUUUUAUUCUUAAAGAGUCAUCUACGCAGUUUAUUUCAAGGGGACACAACCACUUAUCCAUCAAUAAUGUUUUAUAAUAAAACACUAGCUUCAAAUAAAGAAUCAAAUUCUCCCAUGAAUGAUUAUGAAAAUGAUGAAUUUAUGACUUCUUGUCUAUGUAUGAAUAAAAGUGAUGCUAGACUAGAAGAAUUACUAUGGUACUAUGAUGAUAUGAGAUUGUGCACUAUAUUUCCUCAACAAAAAGUUGACAUCUCAAGUUGGUUAAUGUAUCAGUAUGGAAAAACGUUUUUUCCUUUACAUAUAAAUAAUCGUAAUGGAACUUUGUUACAAUCAGAGUACAAACUUUAUAUUCUUGUUGAAGCUGAUCUUGAAAGCUAUAAUCCUGUUGCUGCGACACAUGCUACAAAGGUCGAAGAUUAUGGUUUAAUUAUUACGUGGACGGCAAAUAAAAAUGUCGAUUUAAUUAUAGAGUCUGAUUUAGACAUGGUUGCAAAAUUUUUUAUUGCAGCAAUGGAAGGUCAAUGUUAUAUUAAUAAUGGCUUGUUGUUGAAACGAAUAGAAAAAUUUAUAGACAAAGAGGAAUGGAGAAUGCAUACGGAAAAAUUAAAAUCAUUAAGCGACACUGCCAAACUUGCAUCCGAGAAAUGUAAACCAUUUGAAGUUAAGGACCUUCCAGGCUUAAUAAUAUAUCCAGAAAAUGCUGUAACGAGUGCGGAUAUUGAAUUGAUGAAACGUGUGGAAUCUAACGAAACGCUAGAAAGUGAAUGUAGAAGUCAAGUUUCUACAUCAGUUUCAGUAACUAUUCCUCAAUAUGAAGAUCAAUUAUCUCGAGAUGAAAUACAAAAGAUCACAGAAGAUACCACUAAGUUUCAAGGUGUUCCGCAUUCUACUAGUAAAUCACUUGAUAUGCUUGACAAUUUAGAAGAUGUAUCUAGUAGUAUAAGCACCAGACAAGUAUCUUGCAGUGAUAUAAAAAGUACAAGUAAACCUUUUGAACCAAAGACUUUUUAUGAUGCUAAGAAUAUCAAAAGAACAUUAUCUGCAAGUCCUUUCAAAAAUUCUAUGGCAGAGAUAACAACAAAGUUAUCAAAAAAGAAUGUAAAACCACCAAAUGUCCUAAUAUAUGCUGAUAGUUUUAUUGCACGCAACAAUGUAAAAAAUGUUUUGGAAGAAUCUCUUGGCACGGAUAAAUACACUAUUUAUGUGUUAUCAUCAGAAGAAGCGCGUAAUGACGCUUGGAUAGGAAAUGCAGCUUUAGUGGUUGUUUGUGGAAACGUUGGCAAUGAGAUUGGAAGCCAAAUCGUAGAAUAUAUUCUUCGCGGUGGUAAACUGCUCGCUUUAUGCUCUGAUGUAAUUCAUAUUUUACUUCCAUCAUUUAAAACGGCAGAAGUACGAGAAAAUGAGCUGGUUCAUUUUUCUUAUGGGAAAUGGAAGCACGUACGCAUGAUGCAUCAUAUAUUUUGUUAUCAGGCAUCUCCCGUAAGGACGAGAUUCUCGCAGGAUCAUGAAGACAUAAAAGUGUCUAGUGUAUCUCCACCAGCAUCGGUAAGCGUAAAAGACAAAAAGGGAAAUUCGCAUUCGUUUGAUCUAAAAGUACUUGGAACAGAGGAAACAUGGCAUACACCAAGUAUUUUACUUGCCACUCUUCCAGAAAGUGGUGGAAAGCUUGUUUUUUCUCAAAUACAUCUAGAAGUGGAUCCAAUGCAAUAUGAACUGGAAGAAAGUAAAUUUAAUGCUUUGAAGGAAAGUAAUGCAACUAGAUUGGAAAUAUUCAAUGAUUUAUUGAAAGCACAUCUUCAAAUGGAAAUUCGUAGUAGUUCACAAAAAACUGCACCUGCAACUUAUACGCCUGCCUUCUUUUUGGGGCGUCACGAGUUAAAAGUACAAUUGUUAGAGAGAUUGAAGGAUAGAAUGAAAGAAGGUGACACUUUAAAAAUGCCAAAACUGGAAAUCCAGUUUUGUAAAAGCAGCACAGUUCCACAACCCGCUUCAAUUUCAUUCCUGCCAAUUAUGGUUUAUCAAUGUCCUGACAAUUUCUCAACUGUAGAAUAUUUUGAGAAUUUAACAACAAAGGAAUUAGGACGUUUGGUCAUAUAUGCUGAGAUAAUGACCUCAUCAAUGGAUAUAUUUAAUGGUCAUCAAUUAGAGCAUGGUUUGGCUGUUAUUGUCCGUCAGCAAACUCAAGGACAAGGUAUUGAAACAUGUUUAAUGCAGUAUAUCAUGUGCAAUGUGCAAAAUAAGAGUAUCUCAGUUUCAGCAUGCUCAAACGGAGAAAUAUGUUUUCUUUUUGUACAAUAGUACUACUCUUUUUUCUUUUUAUGAACUAGGUGCUCUUACCAUUUAUUGGGCUAAAAAUUCACGACAUUUACGACCAAAAAUUCGAAAGUGUAAUAGGAAUAUAGAAUAUGCAAAG